AUGGAAAAUGCUAACAAGAGAACCCUGACAUUGUUGUCUUCCUUCCAAAUUGCGAUAUCCGUCUUAUUUUUCGUUCUGGGAUUGGUGGACACACUUGAAAUCCGCUAUCUGUAUGUUAGCCUCGCGGCUUCGCCAUGUUGGAUUAUUCCUCUGGUAAGUCAGUGCCUCUGAUUCCUACCUGUUUCUAAAUUUAUCAAUGACUUAACUCUUUGUAAGAUUAUAUCUCGUCAUGGAUAAAGGUGUUACUGCUGCAGUGAUGGUAAAAGUGAAGAGAAAACCUUCUGAACUUUUUGCCUUUGGAUCUUCACGCAUGAUUAUAAGUAAUUCAUCUGAUUCAUUAGGAGUGGUGGUCUCGCUUUCACAGUGAUCAGGUCAAACAACAGAAACCAAUUUGCGAAAGCUCAUAGUUGUUAUUCCAAUUAUUCAACUAUUCAAUUACCAAACAUUUUGAAAGUGCACUUAAAAACUUGUUUGUUUUCGACUGCCAAUGUCUCGAUUGAUGCCGUCGGCGCCUUUUGUCAAUAUACUUCCCGUCUUGGCGCUAAGUGUUUUCAGCGAAGGGUAGGCUUGGGUAAAUUCUUCCGGCAGAAUUUCGAGCAGAAUAAGCGAUUUUUGAGGCGAGCAUUCUGUUGGCAGAAGAAGGCAUUUUCGAGCAGAAUUUGAGCAGAAUAAGGGGAAAUCAGCGGCACUAAUGAUAUGCAUAUCAGUUGAAAGAAAAAUUAAAAACAAAAUAAAAUACACACGGAAAAUAAUUACUAUUCUGCAACACAUAAUGAAUAUCUAAUUAGGUUUUAAGGGUUAGGUCGAGGCUCCCCUCUAUAUUUGCGCAAAUAAAUAUGUGCGGAAAAUUUUUUCCGAUACCGAGCAGAAUUCGAGCAGAAUUUUGAGCAGAAUAAGCGACUUUUACGAGUACUGCUGGCAGGCGGAAUAAGCCAUUUUAAGAGCAGAAUUUAUCGAAGCCUAGCGAAAGUUCGGAAGCUCGUUAUGUUGGGGAAAAUGCAAGUAUGGUUACAUUAACUAGUUAUUUUAUACGAAUAAAGCCCGUGUCCUUUUCCACUUAAUUGUGAACGAACUCCCACCAAAUACGACAAGAAACAUCUCAGAAGUUUGAUCGACGCCUUUAUUACAGUAAAAACCCGCGUAUAAGAACCUAGUGAUUUAAGAACCUACAGGCUGGAAUUUGGCAUUUAAAUACCCAAAAAUAUAAGAACCUUUUCAGCCUGGCAAAGGAAAAUAGGUUUUUAUACAAAAAUAAUCACUUCAGUUUUUAUGGUCAAAAUUCUCGAUUUUAAUUUUGUGAGAAACUUUUGACAAAAGGUUAUUGUGUGUAUGUUUUCUUUGAUUUACAUUUGUUUGGAUUUUCACUAGAAGUACGUUUUCCAUAAAGCUACCGUGCAAUAUAGACGAUUCAAUAUCUUUUAAAAAAUAUAGAAACUCAUUGAUGUUCUUCUUGGACCUUGAUUGUUUGCCAUUAUGUAUUAGUAGUACAAUAUUUCUGCUAAUGGUUACGCUAUGACAACCUCUGAAAAAUAAGAACCUUUUAAGAACCUAAUCAGCCUGAAUUGUGAAAAACUACCCUAAAAUAUAAGAACCUGUUCAGCCUGAGGUCAAAAAUUCUAGGUUCUUAUGUGUGGGUUUUUACUGUAUUUGGAUUAUUCCAGACAAUUUCAGCAAUUUCGUUCGUACCCUGCGCUGACAUUCCGCAAGUCGGCUUGUUUACGCAUUUGCAAACUACUCCAAAGCCGGUAAGGAUGCGAACGACUCCGCACAUAUAAUACUAAAAGCAACCAUAUUGCCGCAAAGGAACCUCAGGCGCUUUCCAUUCAAAAAUUGCGGUUUGAAAUUUCGAAAUUUGAAAUUCCACGUGCCCAAUAGUCUGCUACACAGCCGUUUUUAGUGUCGUGACGACUCUAAAAACGGCUGUGUAGCAGACUACGUGCCCAAUGGAACGGUACAUUCCGGUUGCACAGACCCGACCCAAGCCACCGCGCGUUUGGUUAUUGUUCUUGUAAGCAGGAUUCAAAAGAGCGGUACUGGGGACAACAAUUUUGUCAAAUAGAAAGGGAAAUAAAUUUCGGUCCGACCGACCGAAAUGACCAGACCGGUCAAGGUAGACCACCUUCAAAGGUGGUGCCAAACAUUCCGGUCGGACCGAACCGAAAUGGUCUGUUCCAUUUGAUUUGUAACCGAAAUUUCCGGAAUUUUAGGAUGAAUGGAAAGCGCCCGAAGGGUAUAAUGACACAAUGACGAUGGCAAUGAGACAAAAACAAUGUCUUUUUAAAAAGAAAUACUACAGCACUGCAAGUAGACUGCAAAACAGUCGGUUUUUUUCUCAAAAUAGGCUUAGCGCGGCUUCAAAGUCUCACGCCCGAAGCGCGCCAAGCCCAGAAAAAAAGCGUCUCUCCCCAGUCUCGCACUCCUUUUUCAGCCUUGCUCCAGACCUUUUGUUUGACUGCUCGCCAGUACUUGAACCCAGAAAUAUGGACUGUUUUGCAGUCUACACUGCAAGUGAAUAACACUUUUUUCAUUAUCAUCUACAACGUGAAACGUUCUAAUGCGACGUGACGACAAGGACAACGAAUGUCCUGUCUCGUUGUAAACCUGGGCGUAGUCCUUAAAAAGUCACUUUCUACAGAAACAUUUGGCUACAUUUAAUAAUGUAUACUGGCAAAUUAGGCAAGGCUAAAUAAACGCAAUAGACAGGUUGAAAUAAGGCAAGUUCAUUUUAGUAACGUUUUUACUUACUGUUGUCACUGCGGUAGAAAUUCGCUAUGGCUCAUGCUAAGUCAAUGAUAGUGUUACAUAAUAAAUUUUCUUUAAUGAUCUUUAUAUCAUGUAUAUACAUGUCAGUCUAAUAACCCACGUUCGAUAUAUCAAAAUUCUGACAUGACUCCAAGGCUUUCUGGUCAUAUAGGACACUCACGCUGACAACUCCUAUUGAUAUUGAUGUGCCAACCAGAAAGCAUUGGUUCUUUUAACUUCACCUCUUUUGUUUCACUCGUUACAAAUUUAAAUAAGUAGUGAUGACCCCUGUAUUUAUCUUUGGUUUGAUCUUCUUGGUCAACCUCGUCCCCAGGGCUUUUUAAGGGAAAAGCCUUGGGGACGAGGUUGCCUCUUGGUGUCUCUUCCGGGAAUAAAGGGGGACAAGGGAAGUCAAGUUAGAAUUUUGAUAGACCGACCGUUGGCUAAUAUACAUUUAUUUUAAUUUUUUUUGUUUAUUUUUCGCUGAUCGUGUAUAUACAGCUGUACAUAUCGGCCACUUUAGGAUGAUUAUAAUCAUGUAUAUGUCGAUAGGAGUUCUUUUGUUAACAGUGUCCCCAGUUAGCAUUUUAGCUAAAUCGUUUGAUUCUCCAACGAAAUACUUUAAUACAUGUAAAAACAAUGUAUAUAAGUAUGUAUUUCAUUCUGUUCUAUGCAUUUACUGUUCAGACUCUUACAAAUGGCAUCAUGGGACUUGUUUUAAGCCAAAGCCGUAAAAGAUCUUCAAAUCUGGUAAGAUUUUCUCGAUAAGCAGUCGUAAACGUCUGAAAGAGGAAAAUAAUUUUUUAUAACCUACUAUUCCUUUCCAUUUACUUUCCAUAAGCAACGUCCGCUCUCCCCCACCCCCCACCAACUCUCCUAGGCUUGGCGGGUUGGGAGUACCGUGGGAACAUCAAGACACCCCUCCCAUUACUGGAAACUGAGCCUACCCCGUCUCCCCUCGACCACCACCACCACCACCACCACCACAAAAAAAGGCAAGCUAACGGAUUAUAAAGUGAAGUCCCUUCGAACCUAUUGAUCGCCUCGUAGAAGAAGAGCACCAUUAUCGGAGGAAACUGGAACUUGCGCUGCCUUGAAACUACGUUCAAGUGGCAGAUGGUUUAAAUUUAAUUGGAGAGAGCAAAGCAAAACAGCGGUCGUCGCUUUCGAAAAGACUGAACAAGACGAAACAAGUCAACACGAGGAUGCAUAACAUGUCCCCUUUAGUUUGGGCUAAAUACUUUCCCUCUCUUCUCCCCCCCCCCCCCCCCCCCCCCCCCCCCCCCCCACCAAUCUUUAUCUGAAACAAACAGGCACACCGACAAAACUCCCCACAAAAAAAAAAAAAACAUAACCAACUAACACCCAGUGUCGCAGCUACCAUCUUGACACUGCGGACAAGUGGCAGAUGGUUUAAAAUUAAUUGGAGAAAGCAAAGCAAAACAGCGGUCCUCGCUUUCGAAAAAACUGAAAAAGACGAAACAAGUCAAAACGAGGAUACAUAACAUGUCCCCCUUAGUUUUGGCUAAAAACUUUCCCCCUCUUCUCCCCCCCCCCCCCCCCCCCCCCCAACACCUCCAAAUAUGUUUUAUCAGGAAGAAAGGGGUACUGCAUUCAAGUCCCCCAGAGAAAAAAAUAUAUGCAGGAUCUCAUAGCCCGGAGUUAGCAAUUUCUAUGUACUCUUGUCAUGGCGUUCUUCUUGCCAGUUUUUUGGCGCGAAGUUAGAAUAUUUUGCCAAGUCCCACAAACCAGUCAAAACCUACAGACCUGAAAAUGGUAUUUUGACCUUUUAAUGACGUUUAGUUCUCCGUAUGCAGGCCUUAUACUUCAAUAGCGGAGAACCGCUUUAUGUCAAUCUAAAAAUAAACGCCGUGACGUAGGCCUAGUGUGAGAUUUGCUCGCUGCAUGUCAGUUAUAAACUCCUGAUAUGUGCCUAUUCAAAAGUGCAACUUCUUCUUUUAAAUAACAUUACUGAGUCAUCUCUAACUUUAUAAUUUAUUGAUUUCAGUCUCUUUAGAUCCAUGCUAUUUGGUCGGUUAGCGUGGCAUGUAUUAUCUACUCCGCUAUUAUAGUACUCAGGUAUCAGACUUGGGGGAUCGAGUGGCUGAUGAAUAAUAUUAUUACCGAUACCUUAGGCAUCUACCGCAACGACAAAUGGUGGUUUGUAAAGAAAAAUGUCAAGCUGAAGUACACUGACCACGAAAAUAAGGCAUUUGCUGUAUUUGGCAUCAUCAUUGUGUUGUCUAUAAUUGAAAUUAUCCUGGCUGCUGCUUUGGCAAAAGUCAGCGAUUCAAGCCACAAGGGGGCUCAACAGCCCACCAUCCCAAUGUACGCUAUGUACUAUCAGGUACGAUAAAAAUGGCAUUGUGAAAUGUAAUCAUACUAUGAAACACACAUGUUUUUUUUUUUUUGUCUAAUUAUUACACUUCUGUCAUAAAUGGGGCGGGGGAGGGGUAUAGACGUUGCAGUCGCUUAAAUCUUAAGAUUUCGCUUAAGAUUUCGUAUGAGCGGGUCUGUCAAGCAAAUUGAUUCAAUUACACUGACCUGGUAGCGGCAACUGGGAAGAAUUGCGUGUGAUCUGGCCUGUAUCUGACGAAUUCUUGGAAAAAAAUAUAAACUUACAGCUGUACAGUCAGCCUUGCUUUUUUCACUUUUUGCUCACAAAAACAUUUUGCUGACUUGAUCCAUUAGGAUCUGGCAUCUUUGUUUUGUACGUUAGCGUAUGCUAUUUAUUUACAAGAUAUUUUUGAACUGCAUACUACUAUUACUACAUGCUUUGCAACAGCCUUUGUUUACUAAUGUACAGUUAUAAAUGAUUAGAAUUUCACAACGAAUUCGCAAACAGAAGAGGAAAUGAAAUAACAAAGUAACUUUAUCCGUUUCUUUUCCUUCAACAGCCAGUGGGCCAAGUCAGUGGGUUCCCGGGACAAACCAGUGCAGACACUGGCUCUGGCCAACGCCUAAUUCCUGCUCAGGAUAUGCAACCUACCUAUAAUCAAAUUUCUCCUCAUUAG